AUGCUGAUCGGAUCGCAUCGACUCCCCUCAUCGGCCCGAAUAGCGGCUACUGACAUCACCGUCACUCUCUCUCCAUUCUAUACCUUAUUAUACUCUCUCUUGAGGAUUCACCAAUGUCAAAUACCUUUUCUAUUCCAGUUCCUUCUUCUCAAUUUUACCCAACUCAUAACACAACAUAACCACAGCACGAUGUCUUACACAAUCGCCUCCAACCCGUCCCUCUCGCCGCCCAACGCCGCCGCCAUGAUCUCCUUCAUGGAGUCGUUCUACGCCACCAGCGACACAGAGUCCCGACACGACGCGUACGUCGAGAAUUUCGCGGACGAUGCGACCCUCAUAAUGGGCCCUAAGGUUGCAAAGGGGUCGAGUGAAAUCCUCCCCCUUCGCCACGGCCUCUGGACGCACGUCGCCUCGCGGAAACACUACCCCGAACGGAUCUUCUUCGGCGGCGCCCAUGAGCUCAUGCUCUUCGGGACGGUCAAGUACGUGCUGAGAGCGGAUCCGGAGGGGAAGGAGGUGGAGGUGCCCUGGGCUGGACGGGUGGUGUUUGAUGAUCGGGAUAAUGGGACGGACGGGUUGAAGAUGAGGUUUUAUCAGGUUUAUUUGGAUCCGACGGCGCAGUCGGGGAAGAAAUAG